AUGCCACCGCUGAUCGAUGAAGCUCUGUUGCUACGAUGUAAGCAAGUCCACGGAGGAGAGGAACUAAUACGAGGAGUGAUUCAUGAAAAAGGCAAUUGUUUUAUGGAAUGUGCAAUGAAUGCUACUGGAACCAUGGUCAAUGGUGUUUUGGAUCAGACGAAGAUUCUGCAGUUGAUUAGUGGUAGUCGAACUAGCAGUAAUCAAGCGUUAACACAGCUGUUCUUAGCGGCAUCUGUCGUAUGCUUCCGAAGUGCUCCAAUACAGAGGCAGGCUCAUAACAACAGUAACAGUAAACACUGCAGUAGUACAGCAGCUAAUUUUAUUGGCUGCGUCAACAUGGAAAUAUUUAAGAUCUGCUUGGAUGAGUACUGGACCAGCAGCCACAGUUGCAACACACUGCGGAAGUUCAUACAUACCUGUCCCGUACCAACAUAA